AUGGCAGUCGCCGUACCUCUGUACAUCUGGCCAACCAUCAACGCCUGGCAACCCCUCUACAACGCCAUCUCGACAUCCCCAAACACCACCUUCAACAUCAUCAUCAACCCCGACUCAGGACCCUCAGACGGCGCCUCCCAGCCCGAAAUCAUCUCAGCAGUAACAUCCCUGCGCUCCUACUCCAACGUCCAACUCUUCGGCUACGUACACAUCGAAUACGGCAAACGCAAAGCCGCCACCGUACAAAAGGACAUCAAAACCUACUCGACCUGGAAAAAAACCACAAAGUCCGACAUCCAUCUCGAUGGCAUUUUCGUAGACGAAGCACCAUAUGAGCUCAAGCAGCUAGGCUACAUGAAAGACCUGCACACCUACAUCCACAAAACCAUGCCAAAAUCACACCAAAAAGUCUGGACGAACCCGGGUAUCCCCAUCGACGCAAAAUUCUACGAUUACGCCGAUUUUGUAAACGCAUACGAAAACUCGUAUGCUGAUUGGGCUGCCGGUGGCAACAAGAAGAUUCCUGGAUGCUUGAGGCAAAAGAGUACGGUGAUUAUUCAUGAUUUCCCGAAAAAUGCGAAUGGCAAGUUGAAUGCGGAUACCAAGAACAUCAUUGCGGCGGGGUAUAAUGGAACGUACAUCACGACUAGCAGUGGGUAUGAGGACUUUUCGGCUAGUUGGGGGCAGUAUGUAAAGGAUGUUGCGAACUUGACGAAGACUACAAAAGUCAAGACUUUGCCGGCUUGUAAGAAGUAG